AACACCCCUCAUCACCACCGCCUCACCUCACCUCAACUGCCCCCCCCCUCCCCCCUCCCUCAACAUGGCGCCACAGGCCUCCAUGGUCCGCGGCGCCUCCCUGCUCAUCCUAUUGCAGCUCCUCUCCCGCCUCGCCACUUUCGUCGCCAACCAGCUGCUGCUGCGCUUCCUCACCGCGCCGCUCCUCGGCGUCGCCACCCAGCUCGAGGUCUACUACCUCUCCGUCCUCUUCUUCGCCCGCGAGAGCCUGCGCGUCGCCAUCCAGCGCCAGGCCACUACCUCGUCAUCCACGCCAAAGACUUCUGCGUCCCCAUCAGCAAUAGCUGUCGCAUCCGCAUCCGCAUCUGCUGCCACCACCACCGCCGCCAACAACGACAAUGACCAUGACAGCAAGCAGAGCAGCGAGCAGCGGCAUGACAAUGCGGUAGCGGCCGCGGCACCUCUACCUGACGCAGACGCAGAGCGGCGCGACGCCCAGGCCGUCGUCAACCUCGGCUACCUCGCCAUCCUCCUCGGCGUCGUCGCCGCGACGGUCCUCGGCUGGACGUACCUCGCCUACGCCGCCCCCGCCGCCGCGACGCUCGAGAAGCAGCAGCAGACCCCUCCUCCUCCUCCUCCUCCGCCCUUCCUCGCGCGCAGCCUGCGUCUCUACGGCCUCGCCGCCGUCGUGGAGCUCCUCUCGGAGCCCUGCUUCGUGCUCAUGCAGACACGCCUGCGCUUCGGCACCCGCGCCGCCGCCGAGUCGGCCGCCACGCUGGUCCGCUGCGUCGUCGUCUUUGGCUCCGCGCUGGGCGCCGCGCGGAGGGGCGUCGACCUCGGCGUCCUGCCGUUUGCGCUGGGACAGCUGGCGUAUGGCGUCGCGCUGCUGCUCGUGUAUCUCGUCGCGGGGCAGGGCCUUGCGUCGUCAUUGGGCUUCUCUCUUCUGCCGCGACCGGUGAUUGUCCCGUCUGCUCAGCAGAAGAAGCAGGCGGCACGCAAUGGAGAAAAGGGGGGCGAAUUCCUCUGGUCGUACUUUUAUAGACCAACAAUGUCCCUCGCAGGCAGCAUGAUGGCCCAGAGCGUCGUCAAGCACCUCCUCACGCAGGGCGACACGUUUCUCGUCUCCCUCCUCUCCACACCGCAAGUCCAGGGCGUGUAUGCGCUCGCAAACAACUACGGAGGGCUCAUUGCGCGACUCCUCUUCCAGCCGGUCGAGGAGAGCUGCCGGAGCUACUUUUCGCGAUUUCUCUCCGACCAGCCCCUCGUCAGGCAGCCUGCCGAGAAGGAGAAGAGGGAGAAGAAUACUUCCAGCCCGGCGGUUCAAGAGGCAAAGCGCAGCCUGAGCACCCUCAUGCGCCUCUACAUCCUGCUCUCCGCAGUCGUCGUCUCCGUCGGCCCCUUUGCCGCGCCGUCGCUCCUCGCCCUCGUCGCGGGCAGACGCUGGACGGGCGUCGGCGCGGGCGACGUCCUCGGCGCGUACUGCUUCUACAUCCCCUUCCUCGCCCUCAACGGCCUGUCCGAGUCCUUUGUCGCGUCCGUCGCGUCCGAGGGCCAGGUGCACCGGCAGUCUGUGUGGAUGGGCGCGUUUUCCGUCGCGUUCGCCGCGUCGGCGUUUCUGUUCAUGCGCGUGAUCCCGCUGGGUGCGCAGGGCCUGGUGCUCGCCAAUUCGGUCAACAUGCUGUGCCGCAUCGUGUGGAGCGUUGCCUUCAUCAAGUCCUUUUUUGCCGCGCACGGGACGGGCUUCGCCGUGGCGGAGCUGGUACCUACGGCUACCGUGGCGACGUCCGUGGCGACGUUCGCGCUCCUCCACCAGCUUCACGUUCUCGACACGGCGGAGGCAGAGCCCGUGAGGACAUUGGCAAAGGUCGCGGGCACGGCAGCCCCGUUGCUUCUAUUGAUACUCUUUUUUGAGCGCACAUUCCUCCUCGAGUGUGCCCGUGCCGCUCGCGGCAGGCGAGCCGCCAAACAAUAAUGCCCCAACGCCAUCUAGACAAUAAAAAAAAAUAAUUCAUCGCCGCGCAAAACAUGACGCCCAUCUAAUCAAACGUAAUCUUGGUCGCCUUUUGCGUCAUGUCGACGUCCUUGAAGAAGGAGCCAUACAUGUCGUGCGUCUUCUUCUUGACCGUGGUGCCAAACUUGAGCAGGUUCUCGGGCACUUCUUGGUUAGCACCCCUAAGGAUGUUGACGAGGCUGUGUCUGUUAGCGUGCUGUGAGCCAAGGAGCAGGGCAUAGAAUGCACGUACGAUCCGGAGUGCGCCUUGUCCUGCACAGUGAAGAGCGUGAUGGCCUCGCCAGUGUUGCCGGCACGGCCCGUGCGCCCGAUGCGAUGGACGUAGUCCUCGAUGGUCAGGGGGAACUGGAGCACGUCAGUUAUGUGGGAAAGGCCCAGGGGCUUCGGGCUGCAACUUACGGUUACGUUGAUAACCAGCUUUACCUCGGGAAUGUCCAGGCCGCGAGCGGCCACGUCCGUCGCCACGAGGACGGGCGUCUGUCCCGUCUUGAAGGCCUCGAGACUGCGCGUUCGCUGCUCCUGUUUCAGGUCGCCAUGGAUGCCGCCGACGCGCACACCCUUGCGGGCGAGGAAGCCCUCGACGCGCGUGGCCUCCUUCUUGUACAAGCAGAAGACGAGGAUGCGGUCGUUCUUUGCCUUGCCCUGCUGGUGCUGCUUGAGAAUCUGCAGGAGGCGGAACUCCUUGUCGCGGGGCUCGACGACCUCGACGCGCUGCGUGAUGCGCGCGUUGGCUUGCAGCUCGACGGAGCCGUUCUCCGUCUCCUUGCCGCCGGAACCAAUGGUCACCUUGACGGGCUCCACCAUGAAGGACGAAGCCAACGCCUGCACCGACUGCGGCCACGUGGCCGUGAACAUGAGCGUCUGGCGGCGCUCUCUCUCGGGGCACGAGCCCAGAAUCUGCUUGAUGUCCUCCUCGAAGCCCUUGUCGAGCAUGCGGUCCGCCUCGUCGAGCACGACGAACGCGGCGCCGCUGAGGUCCACCGUCCCGUCGGACAUGAAGUCCUUGAGGCGGCCGGGCGUGGCGACGAUGAUGUCGCAGCCGCGACCGAGCAGGUUGCGCUGGUCGUCCUUGGAGGCGCCGCCAUACAGGCACACGCACUUGAGCUUGGCGAGGGUGGCGAGGCUGGCGAGCUGCUCGUGCGUCUGCAUGGCGAGCUCGCGCGUGGGCGAGACGAUGACGGCCUUGGUGCCGCGGGUGCCCAUGGCGGAGACGGCCUCGACGCAGGGGAGCGCAAAGGCCAUGGUCUUGCCGGAGCCCGUCUCGGCGACGCCGACGACGUCGCGGCCGCUAAGCGUCGAGGGCCAGGACGCGGCCUGGAUGGGCGUCGGGGCCUUGUACUUGGCGAACGGCGAGGGCUUCUUCUCCAGCAGGUUCGUCGACGGCAGGUGGUCGAACUCGGUCACGGGUCGGAGCGGCGCAUCCUUGUUGCGGGGGUCGGUGAUUGUGAUCUGGUGCUCGGCGAGGAAGGCGUCGAUGUCGGCCUGCGGGACGCUCGAAAGGCUCAUGGUCUGGACGUAAGCGCCGCGGGCGGGGACGUCGGCGCUGCCAUCUGUCGCGGCCACGGACUUGUUCUUGUUCUUCUUGUCCUUUUUGGACUUCUUCUUUUCCUCGACGGGCGCGUUCUCAGCGCCAUUCGCAUCGGCCAUGGAGACGUCCUGCGACUCGGGGGAGGCCUGCUCCUCUUGGGCAGCCGCCUGCAGCUUCUUCUCCUUCUUCUCGCGCUUUUUCUCCUUCUUGGCCUUCUUUUCGGCCUUGCGCAGGGCCUCUUCGUCGGCGCCGCUGCCGUCUCCGUUGGUCGCGGGCUCAGCGUCUCCUUCCUCCGGCUUGCGCUUCUUGUCCUUCUUUUCCUUCUUCUUCUCCUUCUUGUCCUUCUUCAGCUGCGCCUUGUCGACAUGGUCGCCGUUUUCGACCUUGGUCUUCUUGGAGGGCCGGACGGCGACCUCGCUGUCAGCGAGAGAGUGCUUCGUGGCAGCCAUUGCGUCGAACAGGGCAGGACGUCUGGUCUGGCCUGGCAGGGGGAGAAGACAGACAAGGUGCUGGUUGUCGACGCUGAGAACUCAACAGGCGGUCCAAAGGCGGUG